AUGAGGCCAACCAUUUUCUUGCAUUUUUUGGUGGGAAUAUUGGUUAGCUUGAGUGCUUUCUGCAUCAUUAAUGCAGAAGACCCAUAUUUGUAUUAUACAUGGACAGUUACAUAUGGACUUGUUUCUCCAUUGGGCAUCCCUCAAAAGGGUAUCCUUAUCAAUGGUCAAUUUCCUGGCCCAACAAUCGAAGCCGUGACCAAUGACAACAUAAUCGUUAAUGUCAUUAACAAGUUGGAUGAGCCUUUCCUCAUUACAUGCUUGGCUCCUCCUCAUGGGACUAAUUUUCUGCUCUGUGUGAAAAUCAGGAACGGGAUCAAACAGCGAAAGACCACCUGGCAAGACGGAGUGCUGGGAACAAAUUGCCCGAUUCCUCCAAACACAAACUGGACAUACAAGUUUCAAGCCAAAGAUCAGAUUGGAACUUUCAACUACUUCCCUUCUACCAAACUGCACAGGGCUGUUGGUGGUUUUGGGGGUUUCAAUAUUGCACACAGGUCUGUGAUAGCAGUCCCAUAUCCAAUUCCCGCUGGAGAAUUUACCCUGCUUGUUAGUGAUUGGUACAAGAACAGCCACAAGGUAUUGCAGCAAACCUUGGACUCUGGCAAGACUCUUCCUCUUCCUGAUGGUCUUCUUAUCAAUGGGCAUCAUAAAUCCGCCAUCUUCACUGGCGAAAAAGGAAAGACCUACAAGUUCAGGGUUUCAAAUGUUGGCAUAGCAACUUCAAUUAACUUUAGAAUUCAGGGCCAUACAAUGACACUUGUUGAAGUUGAAGGAGCUCAUACCUUGCAAGAGGUCUAUGAAUCACUUGACGUUCAUCCAGGCCAAUCUGUAGCUGUUUUGGUCACCUUGCACGGUUCACUCAAGGACUAUUUCAUCAUUGCCUCUUCUCGAUUCACAAAGCCAAUCCUCGCAACCACUGGAUAUCUACGUUAUGCUGGUUCUAACACCCCUGCUACAGGGCCAUUGCCAAUUGGUCCAACCUAUCACAUUCACUGGUCUAUGAAGCAAGCCAGGACAAUCAGAUUGAAUUUGACAGCAAAUGCAGCCCGGCCUAACCCACAGGGGUCAUUCCAUUAUGGAACUAUUCCAAUUGUCAGGAGACUAGUUUUGGCCAACACUGCUGCUAAGAUCGGUGGCAAGCUUCGAUAUGCUGUGAAUAAUAUAUCUUAUGUUGAUCCAGAAACACCAUUAAAACUCGCCGAUUGGCUUAACAUCCCCGGUGUCUUCAACUUGGACACAAUCAAGGACACACCUACUCCAGGCCCUGCAGUAUUUGGCGCCUCUGUUGUAGGAACCACCCUUCAUGACUUCGUGGAAAUCGUCUUCCAGAACACCGAGCCUACUCUCCAAUCUUGGCAUCUUGAUGGAAACAGUUUCUAUGUUGUUGGAUAUGGCUCUGGUAACUGGACACCAGAUAUGAGGAGACGCUACAAUUUGGUAGAUGGUGUACCUAGACACACAGUUCAGGUAUAUCCAACUGGAUGGAGUGCUGUAUUAGUGUCUUUGGACAACAAGGGUAUGUGGAAUUUAAGGUCUGCAAUCUGGUCUAGGAGAUAUUUGGGACAGCAAUUGUAUGUCAGAGUCUGGAACAACGAACACAGCCUUUUCACUGAGAACGAUAUGCCUCUGAACGCGUUGCUUUGCGGCAAGGCCAAGCACUGAUAGACAAUUUAUUUACUCUUUGAUCAUGUAACUCUGUAUGUUCUUUCAUUUUUUUUCUUUCUUAAAAUUGGGUAGUUCUUAAGUUUCAGUUACGAGGGUGUGACUGUGGAAAAAAGAAUGGGGAAACAGGUUUAGGGUGAGGGAAAUAAGAUGUUUUAAAGUGUCAUUGUGUUAGAUUUCUUACUGCCACAGUCCCAAAAAGGAUUAAUUUCUCUUACAUGUUCAUGUCUAAUAUCAUAGGACAUGUUCAUUUCUAUAC